AUGUCGAAUAGACCAACAGGGCCUCGUAAUCGCAUACAACCUCCAUCCGGUCCGUCAAGGCUGAGGCAUCAAGGCUACCGUGGCGGGCGUGACGAAUAUAGACCAAGUUAUAGAAAUGGCCCUCCAACUGGCCCUCGCAGUCAACAACAAUUACAACAACAACAACAACAACAACAACGAUCAACACCACCACCACCAUCGGCACCAUUGGCACCAGCGUCCUCAUCACUAUCCAAACCACCAGUUAGACCGUCUGGACCUGCUAGUAGCUCAUACCGAUCGUCUAGCCCUAGUGCACCAGGUGGUAUCAAGCGUCCACUUCCAUCAGGACCAUCAAGUUUCAAGAAAAGGCGUGAUUUCAACAGCAUCAACAGCAAUCGAUCCAACUCCAAAAGAAGCUCAUACGUACCUAGCGCAGUCAAGAAGGAGGCGGAACCUGCUUUGUCUCGUGAUCAGAUAUACUCAAUAAAGGAGCUGCGAGGUAGUGCCAUAUAUGGACGAGUUCAACAGGUGGGGGAAGGUACAUACGGAAAAGUAUACAAGGCAAAACAUUCUAUAACUAAUGAGUGUGUAGCAGUAAAGAAAUUGCGACUAGAAAGCGAACGUGAAGGGUUCCCCAUAACUGCUAUACGUGAGAUAAAACUUUUGCAAUCAUUUGAUCACCCAAACAUUGUUGGAUUAUUGGAAAUGAUGGUUGAACAUAAUCAAAUUUAUAUGGUUUUCGAUUACAUGGAUCAUGACUUGACGGGGUUGCUUACACAUCCGGAGUUGGAGUUGCAAGAAUGUCAUCGCAAGUUUAUUUUCAAACAAUUGAUGGAAGGAUUGGAUUAUCUUCAUGAGAAAAGAAUCAUUCAUCGGGAUAUCAAGGGCUCAAACAUCUUGUUGGAUAACUUGGGCAAUUUGAAAAUCGCUGAUUUUGGUUUGGCUAGAACAAUGAAGAUUUUGGGUGAGGGUGAAGUUGCUGACUUCACCAAUCGAGUGAUUACAAUUUGGUAUCGACCACCGGAAUUGUUGCUUGGUGCUACUGAUUAUGGACGUGAGGUUGACAUAUGGGGUGUUGGGUGUUUGCUUAUUGAGUUGUACACCAAAAUGGCUGCUUUCAGGGGUAUGGAUGAAAUCAGUCAAUUGAGCAAGAUUUUUAAUAUAUUGGGAACACCAACUUUGGAGUCAUGGCCUCAGAUUGAUAAGUUACCUUGGUUUGAGAUUUUGAAACCGAAAAUCAACAUUGCGUCUAAAUUCGAACAAAAAUAUAGCGAUGUAAUGACGGUGGAAGCUUUCAAGUUGGCAGAAAAAUUAUUGGCAUUGAAUCCCAAGGGUAGACCCGCAGCUCAUGAAGCUUUGCAAGAUGAAUAUUUCACCAAGGACCCAUUACCUGAGCCGUUGACGUUUUUGAAAGAUUUGAAAGGUGAAUGGCACGAAUUUGAGACAAAGAAAAGGAGAAGAGAGGAAAGGAAAAGAGUGAAAGAGGAGGAAGAUGCUGAAUAUGCUGCUAGUAAACUGAAAGCCAAUGGUAGAGAUGGAGAAAAGGAAAGGGAGAAGGACAAGGGUAGCACUCGUGCCAAUAGUGUAGGAGAUACUGCUGAAAGUGUAGCACACGAGACCGGUAGUGAGAAAGUGUCACCGGACCUAUACACAGGAGGAUUAUCGGGGAAAUCAUAG